CUAGAUUAUUCAAUCAGUCUCACAAGAGGGUUUUUCGCGUUCUGCGUUCCCCUCCAUGUCCAAUCUGUCCACUUGCCGGGUCCCGGAAACCUGGACUUCUUCCCGCUUGGCAUGCCUCAUUUCUGCUUCUAAGAUCGAGCCUUGCAUUUUGAGGACUGAAAACCUGACGUCUGAGGAGAUAGCAGCAGCAGCAGACACGGUUAAUAAAGACGUCAGAAUAGCGGAAUUUCGAUCAAGGCUCGAGAAGUCGUAUUCCUGUUACACCUUACAUCAAGAAAGCUGUAUCUUAUAACAGAAUGCUUUCUUUACCGUAUCUUACGCUCUCUCAUUUCGGCCUUCUUCCUUCUCUUCUUCGAUGGUCAUGUUCUCGCUCGACGCGUUCAUAUUUUCUACGAUUUGCCUGCUUUCACAUCUUCCCGCGGCUUUCGCUUUUGGUGUACAGAGCUACCCCAAUCUUUUCUUUGACGCGUCCACAAUUGUGAACAACGAAUGGUUCAAUGGCAUUGAUUCCCGAUGGGCAAGGGCGAUGAGUGAAUACUGGGCUCAGACAUUGAUACAAUAUGGUCCUUGGUCUGUGACGAACAAGUCAAUCGCUGCCAAAUCCGGAGACAAGAAAGAUUACCUUAGUUGGGCUGUCUACCAUUGGCCAGAUUGCUCAAACGUACAAAAUACCACCGAGUUGACUACAGAAGAAGUGUGGGAUGAAUGUGAUUAUGUUGUGCGGGACGGUCAGGUGAACCCUGAUACAGAGCUAGUCAAAGAUAAGGAGGCUUUGCAAAAUAUGAGCAACAGCAUCUACCUCUCUGCCAUGGCCUACCUCCACACCGGUGACUCGCAGUACACAACGCACAUCAAUCACGCGCUUCACACUUUCUUCAUCAACAAUGAAACUCGUAUGAAUCCCAAUCUCAAUUAUGCCCAAGUCAUCCGCGGGCCAGGCGAUCAAAUGGGUCGACACACCGGUGUGCUUGAUUUGGCGUGUAUGGCGAAGAUUGUCAGUGGCGUGCAAGUCAUGCGGUCAAUUAAGCCAGUGGAAUGGCAGCAAGAGACCGAGACUGGGAUGAUGCAGUGGGCUUCGGAGCAGUUAGAUUGGCUUUACACUAGCGAGCUGGGUCUCGCAGAGUUGAACGCUACAAAUAACCACGGUACUUUUGCCGUGAACCAGGUAUGCGCCCUUAACGUUCUUCUGAACCAGAGUGACGCAUGUGCCACUGCUCUUGAUGAUUUCUACAAUGGCAUCUACUUGGACCAAAUUGAUGCCAACGGUGAUCAACCGCUUGAAUCUGCGCGAACCCGUCCAUACCAUUAUCGAGCGUACAAUCUUAUGGCUCUUGUUACGAACGCGCAGUUUGGUGACUUUGUUGGCUUAUCACCAUCUGCAUGGGAGCGCCGAAGUGCAGCGAACGCCACCAUAGUUGAUGCUGUCCACUACGCGAUGCUUCAGAAUUACACGACCUCGGAUGAAUUAAAUCAAGAAAAAGCCCUUAACCCUGUUGUCGCUGCUAUAUCUGCCAAAUACGGUGAUCCGGAUAACAAAUACGCCGACUUCUUGAAGAGUACCGAUCCGUAUUUCCCAGGUCAACCUUGGUUUGCAUUGAACGAAGGUCUGAGCGAUGCGGGCAUCAAACAAGGGCUCCUGGAGACCACAUAUGGGCCAGUGCCUCCUCAGCCAACUUUAGGGGCUGGGUCACCGGACGACCUGGAGUAUGGGAAGAAAAGAGACUGGAAGCCAAGAGGGGCAGGAUGGCCAACAGGGGCACCUAGAGCCCCGUAGAUUACGGGGAAAUAAGGAGGUUUACUUGGGGUGUGACGGGAUGGAUGGAAGGCUAUGGAAUUCAUAUCUUGAAACGUCUAAUGAUGGAAGGAGUAGUAUUAUCUUGGAUCAUGGACUUUUCAGGUAUCUCUGUCAUACAAGGUCAGCGAUAACAUAUUGUUGUAUAUUUUAUAUCCCUAGCACAUGAGAUGCACUCGCGAUGUACGUCACCUUUAGU